AAAAGAAAAGAAAAAUCUCAACUUCCUGCAGACAACACUCUUAUACAGCAAGCAUACAUACAGGGCCAUGGCAAACGGAGGUCUUAAUAACAGUUAACAGUAAUAGUAAGAAAAGAAAACAUAUGAUUUAUGAAACGAAAGAGGGAGCUGUAGAGUUUAAUUUUUGAAAUUGUGAUCCAAAACCCUAAACCCAUCCACACACCAAUGCAGCUCCUUCAACUUCAAUCCCUCACUCUCCCUCUACUUCCAAAACCCCUAAAUUUAAUCCCAAAACUACCCCUCAAAACCCAAAGAAAACCCUCACCGGUCCUCUCAUGCUCUCCCACCGACCAAGAACUACAAGUCCUGGAAGCCGCCGUGUUGGACUCCGACGAGAAGAGCCUCCCCUGCGUGCGAACCUACGAGAACGACUCCUCUCGCCUCGCUCUCGUCGGAGCCGUCUCCUUCCACCAGGCCUUGACGGCCGCCGCUGCCGACGGUGGUCGAGCCGCCGACGAGCACCUCGACUCCGGCAUCCCCGCUAUGGUCAUCGAGACCGUGUUCCCGGCCCGCUCCGAUGACCACAGCACCGUCUCCACUCGACUGUUUUUGCCUGCUAGGAAAGUUAGCGAAAGAGCGAAAAAGCUCAGGAGGUCUAUCUCAGAAGAUAUGCUGUUGAGCACCACCUCUAGAAAUAUACUUGCCAUGACAUUUAGACAAGUAGUUUUGGAACAGCUUUGGAGCUUUGAACUGGUUGUUUUUAGACCUGGGUCAGAAAGAAAUAUGGAGGAUCUGGAAAACCCAAGAGAGCAGGUCCCUGCAUCUUUUUCUCUUAGCUCAUCAGAUGAAAGGGCUAUCGCUGUGCUUGCGGAAGCUAUUUGCAUUUCUGCUCUUCAAAGCACUGAAAGACAUUUCCUUGAUAAUAUAUUGAGCAAACCUUCAAGUAAUAUCUUCCGUUGGUUUCGAAAGCCCACAAGGAUUGCAUCAAAAGAUUCCUCAGUCAUCAUAUAUGAGUUAUUUGAGGAUGAGAUAAUUGAAAAUGCCAAGACUCUGUUAGAAGAUUUUAAUUCAACAAAGGAAGGCUAUAAGCCCAAGAAAACAGAAUCAAAGCACCAUUGGUGGAUGCUGUCAGGACAGACUGAAUUGGAAAAGAUUGGUGGUCCACAGUUCAGUGCUUGGACAAGGGAGUAUGUUCCUGCUUAUAGGCUACAAAUUGACACAGAUAUACUCAAGAAUAUAAAAUUUGAGGGCUGGAAAAAGUCUACAAAUAAUGUGUGGGAAGUACUUCUCACGCACUCCCAAAUGGUUGGAUUGGCAGGCAUUUUAGAUCUCUACUAUGAAGAUCUUUACUCGCUGCCCAACAAACAACUAUCAUGUGGUGUGGUUGCAAAUUUUGCAAACUUGUCCAACAAAAAGAGGAGGUCUUCUUGGUUGAAAAUGAUGUCUGUUAGCCUUGCGAGUGGAGUUUUUCUGGUUAUAAUCAGUGCUCUUGGUCAACUUGGUUUGCCUCAUCUAAGCAAAGGAGGAAGGUACCCUGUAGAACAUAGGCCUCUUCCAUCAUCUGAAGUUGACUGUGCACUAAUCCAGUCUCUGGAUGCGAGAGAGUUGGAAGAAUUCGGCGUCUCAAUUGUCAAAAAGAUAAAAGAUGCUUUUGGUUGGGCCGGUGAUAUAAGGACUGAAACAAGAAUUGGUGCUUGGACUGGGGAAUUACCGUCCUACCUGAGGAUGGUUGGUGAAGCCGAUUCCAAUAUCGAAGGCAUUUCAACUGCCCCUUCAGAGAAAAUUGACACAGACAUGAGAAUUUCUGCCCAUGAUAUUGCUAGUUAUCAGGUGGUUUUGUCAACUGAUGGAAAGUUAGUUGGGUUCCAACCUACAAGCCGGGUUGCUGUUAAUCGUUGGGCUGCUAAUCCCUUAGCAAAGGAGUUGUAUGGUGGAAGAAAGCUCUCCCCUGGUUUUAUUGAACCUGGUCUCAAGUUCCAUCAUCCCAGUGAGCUAGUUGUAAUGGAGUUGCUGAUGUCGGAAAAUCCAGAUGCCUGUUUUGCUUUGGCCAGGCCUUUUCGAUGAUCAUUGCCUAGUUGUUAUAUGCGAAAACUACUGCCUGUUGCUUGUCAUUCUAUCCCCAUAGGGUUUAACGCCAUUAUACUGGAAAUUCAUAUGUUAGAUUAUAUCGCCACAGGAAAUGUUUUGUUUGAAUAUCCAAAUACCAUUCUAGCCUCUCUAGGUGUUAGCGUCAUUAGCCCUGAGAUUUGAAGGAAUUGUUGGAAGAUGAGUCUAAAUUAUUAUAGGAAAGAAGGGGAUGAUCUUUCCUCUAAACAAUUUCUUGUUGAUAGAAUAUAUUGAUUGCAGAGAAAGCAAGAAUGCUACUUAGGGUAACUGUGAUAAAUGCUAUACUUAGGUUGCGUUUGA